AACGUUCUGCGAAAAAUUAAAAAUAGAGGGCUUUGACCAUUUUACAUGCUACUUCUUCUCCUGCUCCUGCAAGCAUCUCAUUCAAGACUGUUGCAUUCGCCUAGUCAAUGAAGCUUGUCCCCACCUACCACUUCACCAUGGCUAUUCCUCUGCCCUCCCUACUGCUCCCCCUCCUCCUCUCCACGGCCUUGGCGGUGUAUGCGCAGGACCUGCUGCGGCAAGCUGUGGGGGAGCGAGAAUGGAUCGUUGGCGUGCGGCGGCGCAUCCACGCGCACCCAGAGCUCGCGUUCCGGGAACACCGCACCAGCGCCCUCGUCCGCGAGGAGCUAGAGCGCCUUGGGAUCGCCUCCCGGUCUGUCGCCGGGACUGGCGUCGUCGCGGACGUCGGCUCGGGUCUGUCCCCCAUUGUGGCCCUCCGCGCUGACAUGGACGCCCUCCCCCUUCAGGAAUUGGUGGAGUGGGAGCAUAAGAGCACAGUUGAUGGCGUGAUGCACGCCUGUGGUCAUGAUGUGCACACGGCGAUGCUCCUGGGAGCGGCUAAGUUGCUUCAUGAGCGUAAGAAUCAGCUUAAGGGGACUGUGAGACUCCUUUUUCAGCCUGCUGAGGAGGGUGGUGCUGGUGCAUCUCACAUGGUAAGAGAAGGUGUUCUCCAUGGUGUUGAGGCUAUAUUUGCCAUGCAUGUCGAUCAUCGAAUUCCGACAGGCAUAAUAGCUGCUCACGCAGGGCCAACACAAGCAGCUGUAUGCUUUUAUAUAGUGAGAAUUGAAGGUAAAUCUGGGAGGGCCGAAACCCCACACUUAAAUGCAGAUCCUAUCGCCGCUGCAGCAUUUACCAUCCUGUCCCUCCAACAGCUCACUUCGAGAGAAGACGAUCCUCUUCACAGCCAAGUGCUCUCUGUUACCUAUAUCAAAGGUGGGAAAUCUAUCAAUGUCACGCCUUCAUUUGUUGAAUUUGGCGGUACUUUGAGGAGCCUCACUACUGAAGGACUUCAUCGGCUUGAGAAAAGGCUUAAGGAGGUAGUAGAAGGGCAGGCAGCUGUGCAUAGAUGCAUGGGAGUUGCGGAGAUAUUGGGAGCUCCUGACUACCCAAUGUAUCCUGCAGUCGUGAAUGAUGAGAGACUGCAUCAUCAUGUAGAGAAUGUGGGAAGACAUUUGCUCGGUCCAGAUAAGGUGAAGCCUGGAGAGAAGAUCAUGGCAGGGGAGGAUUUUGCUUUCUACCAACAGUUGGUUCCUGGCGUUAUAUUUGGCAUUGGUAUUCGAAAUGAGAAAGCUGGUUCCAUCCACUCCCUGCACAACCCGCAUUUCUUUGUUGACGAGGAUGUCCUCCCAAUUGGAGCUGCAUUACAUACUGGUAUAGCGGAAAUGUAUCUUACUGGCCGAUCGACUCUUGAUGAAGACUAGCAGCCUGCAUUCGAUUUAAUGUUCUUUGAGAAGCAAUGGAAUGUAUAAACUUAUAUUGAGAUGCUCCAAGUCUUGUGCGGUACAAGGCUCCUGGGAGGUCAAAUUCGUACUUGAAAGCGAA